GCCGGCCGGGUGGCCUGGUUGUGUGUCUGUUGGCUGUGCUGCCGCGCUUGGCUAUGGUCGGGCCGCUGAGGCGCUGAGGGGAAAGAGGAGGAGGAGGAGGAGGAAGAGGAGGGGAAGCAGGCGCCUGCCUGCCUUCCUUCCCGUCCGCGGGGGCGGAGCGCGCAGAGGCGGGGAGGGGAGAGCGAUGAGCGGGGCCGCCGCCUCCUCUGCAGCCGCCGCCGCCUGCACCGGAUCCGAGCCCGGCCCGGGCUUCUUCCUCUUCCCCAGCGGCACCGGCGAGCCGUGCGUGGCCAUGGGCCCCGGCGAGAGCGCGGCGGGCUUCGGGGCGCUGCUUCUGCUGCCUCCGCCGACCAUGACAUCCUCGGGGCUGCCUUCUCCUCCCGGUGGAGGUGGAGGAGCAGGAGGAGGAGGCGGCGGCUGCCGGGGCCGCUACCAGCUGCUUCUGUCGGGCCGGGCCCUGGCCGAGCGCUACCGGAGGAUUUACACCGCGGCGGCCCUGAGCGAGAGGGAGCAGGCCGGGCACCCGGGCACCAGGUGUAAAAAGCUUUUAAGUAAGAAGAAACUAAAAAGAAAGCAGAAGAGUAAAUUGAAAAUAAGAGCACGGAACAAGAGUGAAAACCUGGAUAGUAUGGUAACCAUACCAGACAUCAAGCUUCACAGCAACCCUUCAGCUUUCAAUGUCUACUGCAAUGUGCGGCAUUGUGUUCUGGAGUGGCAAAAAAGGGAGACCUCUGUAGCCUUGGCUUCAAAAAACACUGUGCAGAGUGGUGAUUCAGACAGUGAGGAAGAGGAGGAGGCUAAGGAGCCGCCUAUCAAGCUUCCAAAGAUAAUUGAAGUUGGACUCUGUGAAGUGUUUGAACUUAUCAAGGAGACAAGGUUUUCUCACCCAUCUCUCUGUUUGAGAAGUCUGCAGGCCCUUCUCAAUGUUCUUCAAGGCCAGCAACCAGAAGGUCUCCAGUCAGAGCCUCCUGAAGUUCUAGAGUCUCUGUUCCAGCUUCUUCUAGAAAUCACUGUUCGGAGUACUGGAAUGAAUGACAGUACUGGUCAGUCUUUGACAGCACUUUCAUGCGCUUGCCUCUUCAGUCUUGUAGCUGCAUGGGGAGAAACGGGACGAACGCUCCAGGCAAUCUCCGCUAUCCUUACCAACAAUGGGAGCCACGCUUGUCAAACUAUCCAGGUGCCAACUAUAUUGAAUUCCCUCCAGAGGAGUGUACAAGCUGUUUUGGUGGGCAAAAUACAAAUCCAAGAUUGGUUUAGCAAUGGGAUUAAGAAAGCUGCCCUGAUGCACAAGUGGUCUUUAAAGGAAAUCUCUGUAGAUGAAGAUGACCAGUGUCUCCUUCAGAGUGAUGGUUACUUUUUGUAUUUAUUAUGCAAAGAUGGACUGUACAAAAUCGGCUCUGGCUACAGUGGGACAGUCAGGGGUCAUAUAUACAACUCUACAUCUCGCAUCAAAAAUAGAAGAGAGAAGAAGUCUUGGUUGGGUUAUGCUCAGGGUUACUUGUUAUAUAGAGAUGUGAACAAUCAUAGCAUGACAGCCAUAAGAAUCAAUCCCGAAUCUUUGGAACAAGAUGGUACAGUAACUUUGCCAGAUUGCCAGGCUGAAGGGCAAAACAUACUUUUCACUGAUGGAGAAUAUAUUAAUCAGAUAGCAGCUUCUAGAGACGAUGGUUUUGUAGUUCGAAUAUUUGCAACAAGUACUGAGCCGGUGCUACAACAAGAACUGCAGCUUAAACUUGCACGAAAAUGCUUACACGCAUGUGGUAUCUCAUUAUUUGAUCUGGAGAAAGACAUGCACAUUAUCAGUACAGGGUUUGAUGAAGAGUCAGCUGUUUUAGGUGCAGGAAGAGAAUUUGCACUAAUGAAAACGGCUAGUGGAAAGAUUUAUUAUACUGGCAAAUACCAGAGCCUUGGAAUAAAACAAGGUGGUCCUUCAGCAGGGAAGUGGGUUGAGCUGCCGAUCACCAAAUCUCCAAAGAUUGUUCAGUUCUCAGUUGGGCAUGAUGGCUCACAUGCUUUACUUGUUGCGGAGGACGGAAGCAUAUUUUUCACAGGCUCGGCAAGUAAAGGGGAAGAUGGAGAAUCAACCAAAAGUAGGCGGCAGUCUAAACCGUAUAAGCCCAAAAAGAUCAUCAAAAUGGAAGGAAAAGUUGUGGUAUAUACUGCAUGCAAUAAUGGGAGUAGUUCGGUUAUUUCAAAAGAUGGAGAACUAUACAUGUUUGGAAAGGAUGCAAUUUACUCUGAUGGCACAAGUUUAGUAACAGAUUUGAAAGGCCACUUUGCAACUCAGGUAGCCAUGGGCAAAGCUCAUACUUGUGUGCUGAUGAAGAAUGGAGAGGUCUGGACAUUUGGAGUGAAUAACAAAGGACAAUGUGGAAGAGACACUGGCUCCAUGAAUCAGGGAGGAAAAAGUUUUGGAGUGGAGAACAUGGCAACAGCAAUGGAUGAAGAUUUAGAAGAAGAGCUAGAUGAAAAAGAUGAGAAAUCCAUGAUGUGCCCACCAGGCAUGCAUAAAUGGAAGCUGGAACAAUGUAUGGUGUGCACCGUUUGUGGGGAUUGCACAGGCUAUGGAGCAAGUUGCGUUAGCAGUGGACGUCCUGACAGGGUUCCCGGAGGAAUCUGCGGUUGUGGUUCUGGUGAGUCUGGCUGUGCUGUAUGUGGGUGUUGCAAAGCCUGUGCUAGAGAACUAGAUGGUCAGGAAGCAAGGCAAAGAGGAAUUCUUGAUGCCGUAAAAGAGAUGAUACCACUGGACCUUCUGCUAGCUGUCCCUGUGCCUGGAGUUAAUAUCGAAGAACACCUCCAGUUGCGACAAGAGGAAAAGCGGCAGCGUGUGAACAGGAGGCACAGAUUGGAAGAAGGGAGAGGCCCCCUUGUAUUUCCUGGUCCUAUUUUUAUGAACCAUCGAGAGCAGGCUCUAGCCAGAAUAAGACCCCAUCCAACACAGCUAAAGCAUAACCGGGACAAGCAUAAAGAUGGAAGUGGAGACAGGAGUGAGAAGGAUGCCAGCAAAAUCACAACCUACCCACCUGGGACAGUCCGCUUUGACUGUGAACUCCGAGCAGUACAAGUUAGCUGUGGAUUUCACCAUUCAGUUGUUCUGAUGGAGAAUGGAGAUGUUUAUACAUUUGGAUAUGGGCAGCAUGGGCAGCUUGGACAUGGAGACGUUAAUUCCAGGGGAUGCCCUACUCUGGUACAGGCACUUCCAGGACCUAGCACACAAGUUACUGCAGGCAGCAAUCAUACAGGUAUUCUGUUAAUGGAUGGGCAAGUCUUCACAUUUGGAAGCUUCUCGAAAGGGCAGCUUGGGAGGCCCAUUUUGGAUAUUCCUUACUGGAAUGCAAAACCAGCACCCAUGCCUAACAUAGGAUCAAAGUACGGACGCAAAGCAACUUGGAUUGGAGCAAGCGGUGACCAGACUUUUCUUCGCAUCGAUGAAGCUCUCAUUAACUCUCAUGUGCUUGCUACAUCAGAAAUCUUUGCUAGCAGACACAUAAUAGGCUUGGUUCCUGCGAGCAUAUCAGAGCCUCCUCCAUUUAAGUGUCUCUUGAUAAAUAAAGUUGAUGGAAGUUGCAAAACAUUUAAUGAUUCUGAGCAGGAGGAUCUUCAAGGAUUUGGUGUAUGUCUAGAUCCUGUUUAUGACGUUGUUUGGAGGUUUCGAUCCAAUACAAGAGAGCUGUGGAGUUACAAUGCAGUUGUAGCUGAUUCCAGACUUCCUUCUGCCCCUGACAUGCAAUCCCGCUGUAGUAUUCUAAGCCCAGAACUGGCUCUUCCAACGGGGUCCAAAGCUCUUACAACAAGGUCACAUGCGGCUUUGCACAUUCUAGGCUGCCUUGAUACAUUGGCUGCUAUGCAGGACUUAAAAAUGGGUGUGACAAAUACAGAAGAAGAAACACAAGCUGUAAUGAAAGUUUAUUCCAAAGAAGACUAUAGCAUUGUCAACAGAUUUGAAAGUCAUGGAGGGGGUUGGGGUUACUCAGCCCACUCAGUAGAAGCCAUUCGCUUUUGUGCCGAUACUGACAUCUUACUUGGUGGACUUGGCCUCUUUGGUGGCAGGGGAGAAUAUACUGCCAAAAUAAAGUUGUUUGAAUUGGGUCCGGAUGGAGGCGAUCAUGAGACAGAUGGUGACCUUCUUGCUGAAACGGAUGUCUUGGCUUAUGAUUGUGCUGCAAGGGAAAAGUAUGCAAUGAUGUUUGAUGAACCAGUUCUUUUGCAAGCUGGUUGGUGGUAUGUAGCCUGGGCACGAGUAUCUGGCCCUAGCAGUGAUUGUGGGUCCCAUGGACAAGCAUCUAUUACUACAGAUGACGGUGUCGUCUUCCAGUUUAAGAGUUCAAAGAAAUCGAAUAACGGGACAGAUGUUAAUGCCGGUCAGAUUCCCCAGUUGCUGUACAGGCUGCCAACAAGCGAUGGCAGUGCAUCAAAAGGAAAACAGCAAACAAGUGAGCCUGUGCACAUUUUAAAGCGCUCUUUUGCAAGAACUGUCUCAGUGGAGUGUUUUGAAUCGCUAUUGAGCAUUCUUCAUUGGAGCUGGACAACCUUGGUGUUGGGAGUAGAGGAGUUUCGAGGAUUGAAAGGGUUCCAGUAUACAGCUACCCUUUUGGAUUUAGAAAGGCUGCGAUUCGUUGGCACUUGUUGCUUGAGGCUACUGCGUGUCUAUACGUGUGAGAUAUACCCUGUGUCAGCUACUACGAAAGCCGUUGUUGAAGAAACUAGCAAGCUGGCAGACUGCAUUGGGAAGACUAGAACCUUACUAAGAAAAAUUUUAUCUGAAGGAGUAGAUCACUGUAUGAUCAAGUUGGACAACGACCCCCAAGGAUACCUCACCCAGCCACUGAAUCUUCUAGAAGCUGUUCUUCAGGAGUGCCAUAACACCUUCACAGCCUGCUUUCACUCAUUCUACCCAACACCAGCUCUACAAUGGGCUUGCCUUUGUGAUUUGCUAAAUUGUUUAGAUCAGGAUAUCCAGGAAGCAAACUUCAAGACUUCAAGCAGUAGGCUUCUCGCAGCAGUGAUGUCAGCCCUGUGCCACACAUCUGUGAAACUGACCUCCAUCUUUCCUAUUGCUUACGAUGGUGAAGUCUUGCUGCAUUCUAUGGUGAAACAAGUUAGCACUGAAAAUGACUCUGCGCUGGCCCAUCGCUUCCCUCUGCUGGUAGCACACAUGGAAAAACUUAGUCAGAGUGAAGAAAAUAUCUCGGGGAUGACAAGCUUUCGUGAAGUACUUGAAAAGAUGCUGGUUAUUGUCGUGUUGCCAGUAAGAAAUAGCCUUAGGCGUGAAAAUGAACUUUUCUCUGCACACCUAGUUUCUAACACCUGCGGAUUACUUGCCAGUAUUGUGAGUGAACUCACAGCUUCUGCACUGGGAUCGGAGGUUGAUGGACUUAAUUCUCUUCAUUCUGUCAAGUCAAGCCCAAAUCGAUUCACAAAAACAAGCCAAGGAAGAAGCUGGAAUACAGGGAAUGGAUCCCCUGAUGCAAUUUGCUUCUCUGUGGACAAACCUGGGGUUAUUGUUGUAGGAUUCUCUGUCUAUGGAGGAGGAGGAAUCCAUGAAUACGAACUGGAAGUACUAGUUGAUGAUAGUGAUCAUACAGGAGAUUCCACUCAUUCUCACAGAUGGACAUCUCUAGAGUUAGUUAAAGGGACAUAUACUACAGAUGACUCCCCGAGUGAUAUUGCUGAAAUUAAACUUGACAAAGUUGUUCCUCUGAAGGAGAAUGUGAAAUAUGCAGUCCGUUUGAGGAACUACGGGAGUCGGACAGCUAAUGGGGAUGGAGGGAUGACCACUGUUCAGUGUCCAGAUGGUGUAACGUUCACUUUCAGUACGUGUAGUUUGAGCAGCAAUGGCACAAAUCAAACACGGGGACAGAUCCCACAGAUUCUCUAUUACAGAAGCGAGUAUGAUGGUGAUCUACAGUCACAACUCUUAAGUAAAGCCAAUGAAGAAGAUAAAAAUUGUAGCAGAGCACUUUCUGUCGUUAGUGCUGUGGUACGAGCUGCUAAAGACCUUUUACACAGGGCUCUUGCUGUAGACGCGGAUGACAUUCCAGAACUGCUCAGCUCUUCCAGUCUCUUUUAUAUGCUCCUUCCUCUUAUCAUUGCCUAUAUCGGACCUGUGGCUGCAGCUAUUCCCAAGGUUGCUGUAGAGGUUUUUGGCCUAGUUCAGCAGCUGCUUCCAUCUGUAGCUGUUCUGAACCAGAAGUAUGCUCCUCCUGCCUUCAACCCCAACCAGUCGACCGACAGCACUACAGGAAACCAACCUGAACAAGGGCUUUCCGCUUGUACUACCUCUAACCACUAUGCUGUCAUUGAAUGCGAACACCCCUACAAGCCAGCAUGUGUUACCCAUUACAAGGUGACAUUUCCAGAAUGUGUCAGGUGGAUGACAAUAGAAUUUGACGCUCAGUGCGGAACUGCUCAGUCAGAGGAUGUCCUUCGCUUGCUCAUUCCAGCCCGAAUCAUCCAGUUUUCAGGUUUUGGACCAAAGCAGGCUUCUGUUCAUGAAAAUCUCAAUUCAUGGAUAGAACUGAAGAAAUUUUCAGGCUCAUCUGGGUGGCCUACAAUGGUCUUGGUGCUUCCAGGUAAUGAGGCGCUCUUCUCACUGGAAACUGCAUCAGACUAUGUGAAAGAUGAAAAGGCUUCUUUCUAUGGUUUCAAGUGUUUUGCAAUUGGUUAUGAAUUUAGCCCAGGACUUGAUGAGGGUAUCAUUCAGCUUGAGAAAGAGCUGGCCAAUUUAGGAGGAGCAUGUGCAGCUGCGUUGAUGAAAAAAGACCUGGCACUCCCCAUUGCAGGCAAUGAAUUUGAAGAAGAUCUUGAGAUCCUGGAAGAAGCUGCUCUGCAGGUUUGCAAGACUCACUCCGGCAUCCUGGGAAAAGGUUUAGCAUUAUCUCAUUCACCAACUAUCUUGGAGGCCCUUGAAGGAACUCUCCCUCUGCAAGUACAAAGCAAUGAACAAUCAUUUUUGGAGGAUUUCAUUUCAUGUGUACCAGGAUCAAGUGGUGGACGACUUGCAAGAUGGCUUCAACCAGAUUCAUAUGCAGAUCCCCAGAAAACAUCCUUGAUUCUGAAUAAAGAUGACAUACGAUGUGGCUGGCCUACUAUUAUUACUGUGCAGACAAAAGACCAGUAUGGUGAUGUUGUUCAUGUGCCUAAUAUGAAGGUGGAAGUCAAGGCAAUUCCUGUUUCCCAGAAAAAAAAUUCCUUGCAGCAAGAACAGGCAAAAAAACUUCAGCGCAUACCAGGCAGUCCCGCAGGUGCUGCUGCUGCUUCCUCCACUGAUAUGACUUUCGGAGGACUUCCUGCUCCAAAACUCGAUGCCUCUUAUGAACCAAUGAUAGUGAAGGAAGCUCGCUACAUUGCUAUUACAAUGAUGAAGGUCUAUGAAAAUUAUUCUUUUGAAGAGUUGCGCUUUGCUUCACCAACACCUAAGAGACCAAGUGAAAACAUGUUGAUAAGAGUCAACAAUGAUGGAACUUACUGUGCUAACUGGACUCCAGGAGCAGUUGGUCUCUACACCAUUCACGUUACCAUUGAUGGCAUUGAAAUAGAUGCUGGACUAGAAGUGAAGGUUAAAGAUCCCCCAAAAGGAAUGAUACCACCUGGCACCCAGUUGGUAAAACCGAAAGCAGAGCCUUUACCAAAUAAGGUUCGCAAAUUUGUGGCCAAGGACAGUGCAGGGCUGCGUAUCCGUAGUCACCCUUCCCUUCAGAGUGAGCAGAUAGGCAUAGUAAAAGUCAAUGGAUCCAUUACCUUUAUUGAUGAGAUUCACAAUGAUGAUGGUGUAUGGCUACGGCUGAAUGAUGAGACAAUAAGGAAAUAUGUUCCAAAUAUGAAUGGUUACACUGAAGCCUGGUGCCUUUCCUUUAACCAGCAUCUUGGCAAGAGCCUUUUGGUCCCUGUUGAUAAUAUCUUUAAUGCUAGCCAAGGAGUCAGGGAUUUGGACUUGUUCUCAUGGACUUCUAAACCUUUCCCCCCUCAGGAGUCUAGAUCUAACACAGAUGACUUUUUCAAAGACCUAAACUCACACUGCCCUCAGGAAGCGGUAAUGCAGGAACCAGAUAUGCCGUUCAUUCGUGGUGGGCCUGGAGUAUAUAAGGUAGUGAAGACCGGCCCCUCAGGUCACAACGUCAGAAGCUGUCCCAACCUUAGAGGUAUCCCCAUUGGAAUGUUAGUUCUGGGAAACAAAGUCAAGGCAGUGGGCGAGGUGACUAAUUCUGAAGGGACAUGGGUGCAGAUGGAUAAGAACAGCAUGGUAGAGUUCUGUGAAAGUGAUGAAGGCGAUGCGUGGUCCUUAGCUAGAGACAGAGGUGGAAACCAAUAUCUCCGGCAUGAAGAUGAACAAGCUUUUAUAGAUCAGAAUGGUCAGACUCCCCCACCAAGUCCUUUCUCACUGCAAACCUUCAAUAAGGGGACAGGGUGUAGUAAUGGACAAGGAUUUGAUUAUGGCCUUGGAAACAACAAAGGUGACCAACUGAGUGCCAUACUGAAUCCCAUUCAGUCACGGCCUAGUCUCCCAGCUCCUUCCAUCUUUGAUCAAGCUGCAAAACCUCCCUCUUCCCUAGUCCACAGCCCAUUUGUGUUUGGACAAUCCCUUUCCUUCCAGCAACCUCAGCCACAGCUUCAGAGUGACAGAGUGAAUUUCACUGCAGCUGCUAGACCAGUUUCUCCAGCAGGGAAAUCCGAUAUGGCAUCGAAGUACAGAGCGGACAGCAGGUCAUCUAAACCUGAUAGCCGUAUGAGCCACCAAGCUACAGAUCAGAAGAAGCCCAGGAAUAUAGAAAGCUUAUCUGCGAGCGAAUCAUUGAUGCUAAAAUCUGACACUGCAAAGCUGAGGUCAGAUUCACACAGCAGAUCAUUAUCUCCAAACCACAACACUCUGCAAACCUUAAAAUCUGAUGGAAGGACAACAUCUGGUCUGAGGGCAGAAUCUCCAGGGCCAGGAACUCGAUCCUCUUCUCCAAAGACUAUCUCAGCAGGGAAAUCUUGCACAUCUGGUGUCGGUUCUCGCCGUUCCUCAUCUCCUCACGAGAAGACCCUGCCUCAGAAACCUUCAGCCCCAGUGAAAACAAAGCUUGAUCCACCUCGGGAGAGAUCUAAGUCAGAUUCAUACACACUUGACCCAGACACCCUCCGCAAAAAGAAAGCACCCCUAACAGAACCACUGAGGGGAAGGUCCACGUCUCCCAAACCAAAAAUUGUUUCGAAAGAUGGGAAACCUGCGGCUGAAACCGAAAACCGAGCCCCUUCCCCUCACGUUGUGCAAGAAAACCUUCACAGUGAAGUUGUUGAAGUCUGUACUUCCAGUACCUUAAAGACCAAUAGCAUUACAGACAGUACUUGUGAAGAUAACUCUGAAUUCAAGAGCGUGGACGAUUGCUCAAACAAAGUUCAUUUCAGCAUAGGAAAAGCGCCGCUGAAAGAUGAGCAAGACACGAGAGCAUCUCCCAAAGUGAGCCGCAAAUGUGCAAAUAGGCAUACAAGACCCAAAAAGGAAAAGUCAGUGUGCCUUUUCAAAGGCGAUGGCUCCAGACCAGUAGAGCCCGCCAAACAAGCAAUGUCUCCGUCUGUGGCUGAAUGUGCCCGGGCUGUCUUUGCUUCUUUCCUGUGGCAUGAAGGAAUAGUCCAUGAUGCAAUGGCCUGCUCGUCUUUUUUGAAAUUCAACCCGGAACUUUCGAAGGAGCACGCACCCAUUAGAAGCAAUCUUGGCCAACAGCCUGCAGAGGAGAAAGAAACCAAGCUGAAGAAUAGACAUUCCCUGGAAAUAUCUUCUGCUCUGAAUAUGUUUAACAUAGCCCCUCAUGGGCCUGACAUAUCAAAAAUGGGCAGCAUAAACAAAAACAAGGUCCUCUCUAUGCUCAAAGAGCCUCCUCUUCAUGAACGAUGUGAGGAUGGAAAAAGUGAAGCUACCUCUUUUGAAACUACCAGUCACCAUCCUAUGAAGUCCAAGUCUCCUCUUCCUUUAACCCUUCAACACCUGGUAGCCUUCUGGGAAGACAUUUCUCUGGCAACAAUCAAGGCAGCUUCUCAGAACAUGAUUUUUCCAAGCCCCGGGUCCUGUGCUGUGUUGAAGAAGAAAGAAAGCGACAAAGAUGGCAAGAAGUCCAAAAAGGAAAAGAAGAAGAAAGAAAAAGCGGAGGCCAGACCGAGGGGAAAUCUCUUUGGUGAAAUGGCUCAGCUUGCAGUGGGAGGACCAGAGAAAGAUACCAUCUGUGAACUGUGUGGGGAAUCCCACCCAUACCCAGUGACGUACCACAUGAGACAAGCUCAUCCAGGUUGUGGCCGCUACGCUGGUGGACAAGGCUAUAACAGCAUUGGACACUUCUGUGGAGGAUGGGCUGGCAAUUGUGGCGAUGGUGGCAUAGGAGGAAGCACAUGGUACCUAGUCUGUGAUCGGUGCAGAGAAAAAUACCUCCGUGAAAAGCAGGCAGCAGCAAGAGAAAAGGUCAAACAGUCUAGGAGAAAGCCAAUGCAAGUUAAGACACCUCGUGCCUUGCCCACUAUGGAAGCCCAUCAAGUGAUCAAAGCAAAUGCAUUGUUCUUGCUGGCCUUGAGCAGUGCAGCUGAGCCCAGUAUUCUGUGCUACCACCCUUCCAAACCAUUCCAGUCACAGCUUCCGAGCGUCAAGGAAGGCAUCUCGGAGGAUUUCCCUGUUAAAAUGACUUGUCUCUAUCUUCAGACGUUAGCAAGACAUCAUCAUGAAAACUUUGUUGGCUAUCAAGACGACAACCUCUUUCAGGAUGAGAUGAGGUAUUUGCGCUCAACUUCAGUACCUGCACCUUAUAUAUCUGUUACUCCUGAUGCCAGUCCUAAUGUCUUUGAGGAGCCAGAAAGUAACAUGAAAUCCAUGCCACCAAGUUUAGAGACUAGUCCCAUCACAGAUACAGAUUUAGCAAAGCGCACAGUUUUUCAAAGGUCGUAUUCAGUCGUUGCAUCGGAAUAUGAUAAACAACAUUCCAUUUUACCUGCACGAGUAAAGGCUAUCCCCAGAAGGAGAGUCAACAGUGGAGAUGCAGAAGUGGGGUCCUCUCUCCUGAGACAUCCAUCUCCUGAACUUUCUCGGUUAAUCUCCGCCCACAGCUCUCUUUCCAAAGGAGAGAGAAAUUUCCAAUGGCCUGUUCUGGCAUUUGUAAUCCAACAUCAUGACUUGGAGGGACUUGAAAUUGCAAUGAAACAAGCUUUAAGAAAAUCAGCUUGCCGGGUGUUUGCUAUGGAGGCUUUUAACUGGCUUCUCUGCAAUGUCAUUCAAACAACAUCUCUUCACGAUAUUCUGUGGCAUUUUGUGGCUUCUCUGACUCCUGCCCCUGUGGAGCCAGAGGAAGAAGAGGAUGAAGAGAACAAAGCAAACAAAGAAAAUGCUGAGCAAGAAAAGGAUACAAGAGUCUGUGAGCAUCCAUUGUCCGACAUAGUGAUUGCUGGUGAAGCAGCUCAUCCUUUGCCCCAUACUUUCCACCGUUUGCUACAGACCAUCUCUGACCUCAUGAUGUCUCUCCCAAGUGGAAGUUCAUUGCAACAGAUGGCUCUGAGAUGCUGGAGCCUCAAAUUCAAGCAAUCGGAUCACCAGUUUCUGCACCAGAGCAAUGUCUUUCACCACAUUAACAACAUUCUGUCCAAAUCUGAUGAUGGAGACAGUGAAGAAAGCUUUAGUAUCAGUAUCCAGUCUGGCCUUGAAGCUAUUAGUCAGGAAUCAUGUAUAGUGAUUUGUCUAAAAGACUUAACCAGCAUCGUGGAUAUUAAAACGUCAAGUCGCCCAGCCAUGAUUGGUAGUUUGACAGAUGGGUCAACAGAAACCUUCUGGGAAUCUGGAGAUGAAGAUAAAAAUAAGACUAAAAACAUUACCAUUAAUUGUGUCAAAGGAGUUAAUGCUCGCUAUGUGUCUGUCCAUGUUGACAACUCACGGGAUCUUGGGAACAAAGUGACUUCAAUGACCUUUUUAACAGGCAAGACUGUAGAAGAUCUUUGCAGAAUAAAGCAGGUUGACUUGGAUUCAAGGCAUAUUGGCUGGGUAACCAGUGAGCUUCCUGGUGGAGAUAAUCACAUCAUCAAAAUUGAAUUAAAGGGACCAGAGAACACUCUCAGAGUUAGGCAAGUGAAAGUGCUGGGAUGGAAGGAUGGCGAAAGCAUCAAAAUAGCAGGCCAGAUCUCAGCAAGUGUAGCUCAGCAAAGGAACUGUGAAGCUGAGACGCUGCGGGUCUUCAGACUUAUUACAUCUCAGGUCUUUGGAAAACUCAUAUCUGGAGAUGCUGAGCCAACACCAGAACAAGAAGAAAAAGCUUUGCUGUCUUCACCUGAAGGAGAAGAAAAAGUACACAAUGCAACUUCGGAUGCAGACCUGAAAGAGCACAUGGUUGGAAUUAUAUUCAGCAGAAGUAAACUGACUAAUUUGCAAAAGCAGGUUUGUGCUCAUAUUGUACAGGCUAUCCGAAUGGAAGCAACUCGUGUUCGGGAAGAAUGGGAGCAUGCAAUCUCUAGUAAAGAAAACGCAAACUCUCAGCCCAGCGAUGAGGAUGCCUCCUCUGAUGCCUAUUGUUUUGAGCUGCUCUCCAUGGUGCUGGCACUGAGCGGUUCUAACGUAGGGCGUCAGUACUUGGCUCAGCAGCUGACGUUGCUUCAAGAUCUCUUCUCGCUGCUCCAUACCGCUUCUCCCAGGGUACAGAGGCAGGUGACCUCCUUACUUAGGCGUGUGCUGCCAGAAGUCACCCCUAGUCGCUUGGCUAGUAUCAUAGGAGUCAAGGCGCUGCCCCCAGCAGAUAUAAGCGAUAUCAUUCAUUCAACAGAGAAGGGAGAUUGGAAUAAGCUGGGCAUCUUGGACAUGUUCCUGGGUUGCAUUGCCAAAGCACUCACUGUACAGCUGAAGGCCAAAGGAACCACUAUAACUGGCACAGCUGGCACUGCAGCUGGCAAAGGAGUUACUACAGUUACAUUGCCAAUGAUUUUCAAUUCCAGCUAUCUUCGACGUGGCGAAAGCCACUGGUGGAUGAAAGGCUCAACACCAACACAGAUUUCAGAGAUCAUUAUUAAGCUCAUUAAAGACAUGGCUGCCGGUCACUUGUCUGAAGCUUGGUCCCGUGUGACGAAAAACGCUAUAGCUGAAACAAUAAUUGCAUUGACCAAAAUGGAAGAAGAAUUCAGGUCACCAGUGCGUUGCAUUGCAACAACCAGGCUGUGGCUGGCUCUUGCAUCCCUUUGUGUGCUUGAUCAGGACCAUGUAGACAGACUUUCCUCUGGAAGAUGGAUGGGAAAGGAUGGGCAGCAAAAACAAAUGCCUAUGUGUGAUAACCAUGAUGAUGGAGAAACUGCUGCAAUCAUCCUGUGUAAUGUCUGUGGGAACCUCUGUACCGAUUGUGAUAGAUUCCUCCAUCUCCAUCGGCGAACAAAGUCUCAUCAGAGACAGGUAUUCAAAGAGGAGGAGGAAGCGAUCAAGGUUGAUCUUCAUGAAGGUUGUGGUAGGACCAAACUGUUCUGGCUGAUGGCUCUUGCGGACUCUAAAACCAUGAAGGCUAUGGUAGAGUUCAGAGAACAAACAGGCAAACCCACUACAAGCAGCUCUGAAGCAUGCCGUUUUUGUGGCUGCAGAAACGGAACAGAAUUAUCAGCAGUGGGCAGCGUCUGUUCUGAUGCCGAUUGCCAGGAGUACGCUAAGAUAGCUUGCAGCAAGACUCAUCCUUGUGGUCACCCCUGUGGCGGUGUCAAGAAUGAAGAGCAUUGCUUGCCCUGUUUGCAUGGUUGCGAUAAGAGCACCACAACCCUUAAACAAGAUGCUGAUGACAUGUGCAUGAUUUGUUUCACGGAGGCACUUUCGGCAGCACCAGCUAUUCAGUUGGACUGUAGUCAUAUUUUCCAUUUGCAAUGCUGUUGUCGAGUUUUAGAAAACAGAUGGCUUGGGCCACGGAUAACAUUUGGGUUUAUGUCCUGCCCUAUUUGCAAGAACAAAAUUAAUCAUACAGUAUUAAAGGACUUGCUUGAUCCAAUCAAGGAGCUCUAUGAAGAUGUGAAGAGGAAAGCACUGAUGAGACUGGAGUAUGAAGGACUGCACAAAAGCGAGGCCAUCACAACACCCGGGGUUCGGUUUUACAAUGACCCUGCUGGCUUCGCUAUGAACAGAUAUGCUUAUUAUGUUUGCUACAAAUGCAAAAAGGCCUAUUUUGGUGGAGAAGCACGUUGUGAUGCUGAGGCUGGCCAGGGAGAUGACUAUGAUCCCAGAGAGCUCAUCUGUGGUGCCUGCUCUGAUGUUUCACGGGCUCAGAUGUGUCCUAAACAUGGUACAGAUUUUCUAGAGUACAAAUGUCGUUAUUGCUGCUCAGUGGCUGUGUUUUUUUGCUUUGGGACAACCCAUUUUUGCAAUGCUUGUCAUGAUGACUUCCAAAGAAUGACUAGCAUUCCUAAAGAAGAACUUCCACAUUGUCCUGCAGGUCCCAAGGGCAAGCAGCUUGAAGGAACAGAAUGUCCCCUUCAUGUAGUCCAUCCACCUACUGGCGAGGAAUUUGCACUAGGCUGUGGCGUCUGCAGAAAUGCACAUACUUUUUAGUCCAUAGUCCUUUUAUUUGCCAGAGCAAAGCUGCUGUCAUCCCACAAGUGUCCUGAGUUCAUUAUAAACUACAAUUAAAAUGAGGAUGGGACCAUUUGAUAACACAGGAAAAAGGAACAUAAUACGGGAAGAUGGAUGCCAAAUACCAUGUACAUAAUCCUUGCUUUGGGGGAAAUGACAUUUAUGACCCAAGACAUCAAAACUUGUGAGGUGUUUGCAUGUGGCCAUUACGUGCAUCAGCUACAAAGCAUUGGACACUUGCAAAUAAAUAAUUGCUGUCAAAGAGGCUCUGUUUCCGUGGACUCCAAAUGAUGCUGGAUAUCAGAUGAAGAAAAAGUUGAUUAUUGUAUACUGACUUUUUUGUAAUCCUGUACAAUUGUAACUGCAUCACGGGUAGGGGUGGAAAAAGGAAUAUUCUGGUUUAUUUCUUAGACUGUUAUUAAAGUGUUAGGAAGGCAUAAAUGUAACCAGUAUCACGCUGUAUAUAUAAAAUAUCAAUGUUUGUCCUGUAUAAGAAUUACUAAAUUGUAAACAGCAGUUUCAUUUAAACUUCUGGGUUAUGUUUGAGCCUGAAAUUUUAAUGAAGUGCAAUACUGAGUGUGCCUCAUAUCUUGCAGCUGUAAACAUAAUGGAAUGUACAUGUCAAUAAAGCCGCUGUACAUUUUUAUACAGUGAAAGUCUAA